UAAAUAGUGCUUGCUGCUCUUGCGUUCUGUGUGAGGAGCGUUGAAUAGAAGACGCGAUGGAUGAAGAAUUAAAAUGCCCCGUUUGCGGUUCUCUUUUCAAGGAUCCUAUUCUUUUACCUUGCUCGCACAAUGUGUGUUUGGCGUGCGCCCGAAAUAUCAUUGUACAGACCCCAGAAGGCGAAACACCACCGCAUAACCGUGCCUCCAACUCGGACUACGAUUAUUUGGAUAUGGACAAAAUGAGCAUGUAUAGUGAAACGGACAGCGGUUAUGGAUCAUACACGCCGUGCCUCAAGUCUCCAAAUGGGGUGAGGGUGUUUCCUCCGACUCUGGUGCACCGCCACUGCUCCAUAACGUGUCCUCUCUGUCACCGUAGUGUCUCUCUGGAUGAGCGGGGGCUGAGGGGCUUUCCACGUAACCGGCUACUGGAGGCGAUCGUGUCUCGGUAUCAACAGAGCCGCUCUGCCAACGUGAAAUGUCAGCUAUGUGACCGCAACCCUGUCGAUGCCACUGUGAUGUGCGAGCAGUGUGACGUGUUUUACUGCACACCUUGCCAGCAGCGAUGCCACCCUUCCCGUGGACCGCUGGCCAAACAUCGAUUAGUGCCACCGACCCAAUCGCCAGUUGCAGGAGGACAGCAGAUGCCCACCGCCACCUUGCGCAAACAGGGAACAUGUGCAGACCAUGACACGGUGAACUUUAGCAUGUACUGCAUCAACUGCAAGACUCCAGUGUGCAUGAAGUGUCUGGAGGGUGGCAAGCAUGGGAGUCACGAUGUAAAACCUUUAGCGGCCAUGUGGAAACAGCACAAGUGUCAACUGUCCCAAGCUUUGAAUGGUGUGUCGGAUAAAGCCAAGGAUGCCAAGGAAUUUCUGGUGCAGUUGAAGAACAUGCUUCAGCAGAUACAGGAGAAUGGGGUGGAGUUCGAGGCCUGCCUGGUGGCUCAGUGUGACGCCCUUAUUGAGGCUCUGACGCGGCAGAAAGCCAAGCUCCUCACCAAGGUUACCAAAGAGAGGGAGUACAAGCUCAAGGUGGUGCGUGACCAGAUCACUCACUGCACUAUGAAGCUACGUCAGACUACAGGCAUGAUGGAGUACUGUCUGGAGGUGAUCAAAGAGAACGACCCCAGCGGCUUCCUGCAGAUCUCCGAUGCGCUGAUCAAACGUGUGACAUCGUCUCAGGACCAGUGGGUCAAAGGGGCUCUGGAGCCCAAGGUGGGCCCUGAGUUUGACCUGACCCUGAACACCGACCCCCUGCUUCAGACCAUAAUACAGCUGGACUUUGUCCAGAUCAAAGAUAUUCAGGAGACUCCAUUAUUGAAACAAAUGCAUGCAGGUGGACUGAAAGACACGGAGAGCUCAGGAGUGGAGUCUGCCACGGUGCCCUCGGCCCCCCUGCUGCAGCUGGAGAAGUGCUGCACCCGCAACAACAGUGCCACCCUGGCCUGGAGGGUCAGUGUGUCCCCUAGCAACCCCAUUGAAGGCUACGUCCUGGAGCUGGACGACGGCAACGGGGGUCAAUACAGGGAGGUGUAUGUAGGGAAGGAGACCGUGUGCACCGUGGACGGCCUCCACUUCAACAGUUCCUACAACGCCAGAGUCAAGGCCUACAACUCCACCGGGGUGGGGCCCUAUAGCAAAACUGUGGUGCUGAAGACAUCUGACGUGGCCUGGUUCACCUUCGACCCCGCCUCGGCUCACAGGGACAUUGUGUUGACCAAUGAGAACCAGACGGUGAGCUGCAACAGCUAUGAUGACCGCGUGGUGCUGGGGACUGCCGCCUUCUCCAAGGGGGUACAUUACUGGGAGCUCAUGGUGGAUCGCUAUGACAACCACCCGGACCCAGCGUUCGGGGUGGCGAGGAUCAACACGAUGAAGGACAUGAUGCUGGGGAAGGAUGAUAAGGCCUGGGCCAUGUACGUGGACAACAACCGCAGCUGGUUCAUGCACAACAACUCCCACACCAACAGGGCCGAGGGGGGCAUCAGCAAGGGUGCCACUGUGGGCAUCCUGCUGGACCUGAACAAGCACACUGUAACGUUCUUCAUCAACAAACAGCAGCAUGGCCCCGUGGCCUUCGAGAACCUGGAGGGAGUCUUCAUGCCUGCUGUCAGCAUCAACAGGAAUGUCCAGGUUACCCUACUAACAGGAAUGGAGGUGCCAAAGAAUUUUAAGCAGCAGUAGCCUCCUAAGCUGUCCUGGCACAGUCCCACCAAUGUCAAAAUGUACUCCUCCUGCUCCAUCCCCAUCUGUUCUUGCUACUACAGCAUAUCGUAUGCUGUUUAAUGCCUACGAUCCAAUAUUACCCUUGGAAGGAGUCUUAUAUACGAGGGACUUUUGUAUAUAAAAUAUUCUGUUGUUUUUGUAAUUUUCCAAGUCCUAAUUGCAUCUCAAGCCGUACAAUCAGAUUCUGUGUUUACAGUCAAAAUGCCACAGGGUGCUUUAAUGAAGUGCAUCACAAGAACAAAAUCCCAUGAGGAUAAAGUCAUGAGAUGUCCUACAGUACCAUUCCUCUACUUCUCUUCUCUCAGGUUCCUUCAUAGAGACUUUCUAUACUCCAAUUUAUUUAUAGGAAAUCACUAGAUGGGUUAAAUGCGGAAGACACAUUUCAGUUGAAUGCAUUCAGUUGUACAACUGACUAUUUAUCCUCCUUUCCCUUCCCUUCUCAUUCAAAAGUUGAGAAUAAUAGAGCUUUUCUUAGACACAUUAUCAGUGAAAUACUGUCUUUGCAACUUUACAAAGCCUUUCCAUACCAGAAUUGGAAUGAAUUAAACUUGAAAUCUGCUCAAUUGAAAAUGACCCUUUAUACACUAUACAUUUAAUUUAAUGAAAUUGAAUUCACCCAAGCAUAGAUCGUCAGAUCUGUGUAAAGGACUAAUCAGAGGACAAACGGUACCUACAAUUCUGUCACUAGAUGACAAAUCUUGGUUCAAAGUGAAGCCAAACCACUGUGACAUUGAGAUGUAACAUAGCCAUGUAUAUUUUGUCAAACUAUUUAAAAUGCAAAUAUGUAUCUUUUUUUUCAAUCGAUUUACUGUAUAUGCAUUGGGUUUUACUACAUUAUUGAAAUAUUUAUUAAGAGGGUGUAUGCUCAUGUGAAUAAACAAGUAUUGUUAAAGGUAUUGUAAAGCAGUUAGAAAUAUUGUAUUGACAGACCACUAGAGGGUCAAGAUAAUAUGUAAGGAAAUUGUAAAUAUGACUGUGUCCUAAGCAUGCAUCCUAAGCAAACUAGUUUACUAAACUCCAUCUGUACAUAGUAAAGCUAUUCCUAAAACAGUGAUAUGCAGAAGCCUUUCAAACUACCUAGUACAGUAAAAUACAUUUGCCCCAUAGAGUUUGAAGUCAAAAUUACAGCAUCACUUUAAUUUCCUAAAAAAAGAAGUGUUUAAUCAUUUAUGUGACAAUUUAAUAUCUUAUGGGGCUCAAGCACAAUGUCAGAUGACAAAAUUAAUUUAGAGGGUUAAGCAGUGCGUUUGUGAUUUGUCUGAGGGAGCCUUAAUGGUAUUGUAGAUACUAGGCAGGCUUAUUAUCCCACAUUUACAUUUGACCAUGUCCUCAUAAAGUUCACAUACUGGUAUAUCAUUAAUCAUAAUUAGAUGCAGAUAGUUGUUUUGUAUCAUAUUCUGUAAUUCUAAUUUUUGGAACAUUUUAAUCUCUGACUGCUACUAAAAGUGUUGCUUCAAAGUGAUGUGCCCUUAAUCCAAAAUGGUAAUAGGUUUUUGGAUUAAGAAUAAAGCUAUUGUUAUUAGAAUACAAAUUCUACUCCGAGUCUGUGUUGAAGCAUGGUGGUACACCCUUGGUGAAAAUGAUUUGUACUGUUCUUGUAUCCUCGCUUUGUAAAAACACCAAAUAUAGUCAUGCAUUGUUGAAUGGUCUCAGAAUCUAAUGUUGGGUUUAUUUAGCUGUGUUUAAUGUUCUCUGAACAGAGCCAAUGCCUUGUACAUUAAACAUGUUGAUAUGAUGUAGAGCAGACUGUCUGAUUACAGAACUACAGGUUAUCCAAAGCUAAAAUGUGGAGGUGACCAUUCCCAGGGUACAUAAAUUAUAUUGACUAAAGCCAUUUUGUAUAGACAAGCCAAUGCAUCAGGUUGCAGCAUGUACAGUUGAUUAUAGAGUGUCUCCAAGUGAAUGUUGUCAAUGAGAGAAUCAUCUCUGUUAUGAAGCUAUUCUUAUAAAACUCAAUAAGUGCUUGUGUUGGCAACUACAGUAUAGUGAAGUGUCAUGUACCCAAAAGGGAUGACUGCAGAGGCCUACAAACAAAAGUGGCUCCAUGUAGCCUCUCAACAAUCACCAUGGAAAUGGUGUUCACAAACACACUGCUGGUACAGACCAUAAUAUCAAAGGAAUCUUUGUAGUAAAUUCACAUAGUAGCUUAUCGUCUCUAUAAAUGUCAUGUUGUAGUGUUUGGCAUGCAUUUACCAGCCUGCUUCUGAAUGUGAACACCCCAUCCAAAAGAAAAUAGUGCUAGAAAGUCAUGACUGUCAGAUUACAAUUGGAUUUGAAUCCUACACUCUGCCUCAAGAGACUGACAGUAGACACAUUUAUUUCAUCUAUUUAUUUAUAAAUGUAUAAUACAGUUCAGAGGUUUAUUUUGCCCAUGUUUACUGUUCCCACUCUCAGUAUGCCAUGUGGGGAAGGUUGUUGCUGUGUCUGGGGGACAUCUCUCUUCUAAACACAGGCAUGCAACUCAUGCCCUGGGGUCGUGGCUAGUGCCCUCUCACUACCACUACCAGAAAACUAGGCAGGGUGCACCACCAAACCUCAUAGGGAAUGUCACCUGGUCCGUUAGAACACUGGCAUCAAUGUACAGUGUGUUCACAAAAAGCUGUGCUUUAUUUUAUAGAAUUCUGUUACGUAUGUUCUUUAGUUAUCAUACGAUGUAAACGUUUCGUACUUCUAAGUGGUUUGUAUAUGAAAUGAGUUGGCAUUGUUUUCAUAUUAUACAGUUUAAAAUAAUAAAAAUGCUGUCUUUCCUUUAUAUAAUGAAUAAACGGUGAUGGAAUAUGAA